AUGUCUGAUGAGGAAGAGUUUGACGAAGUUGGAGAAGUUGGCGCCUAUCAACAGGUUCUUCCCGUUGGAGCACGUGCCGAAAAAUCGCUUGGCUUACUGACGCAAAAGUUCUUAAAAGUUCUUCAGGAAGCGAAGGAUGGCGUUGUGGACUUGAAUAUUGCAGCCGAUCGCCUGAACGUGAAACAGAAACGAAGAAUCUAUGACAUUACAAAUGUCCUCGAAGGAGUUGGCUUGAUCGAGAAGAAGUCGAAAAAUAGCGUUCAGUGGAAGUAA